GGUGAUAAGUAAAAAUGCAUAAAUGUGGGAAAACAGAAGCGAAUAAAAAUAAGUACUAGGCCGACUGACAUGCGCAUUGAAUGUCAACAAAAGCCUUGGCACGCAAUUUAUUGUUGGGAAAGGUAGAUCAAAGAUGAUUUGGUAGAUUUACUCUCACUGUUAAGGAUUUAAAGACAUCUAUGAGAGUUAUUUCAAGACAAAAGAAGUCGUUUUAUUAGUACAACAAAUAUUCAGAAAUCAAGAAAGAUUAAGGAAACAACUUAUUGUUGAGAAGAAACUAGUCUGAAUUCAUCUAAAUGGGACUGUUGACAGAAGGUACCGCUCUGUCCUGGGAGGAGACCAAGAAGCUUGCUGACCACAUUCGGAGUCAUGGCAUCAAACAGUUCCUGGCUCAGUAUAGAAAGCUCAUCUCUCGAAAGAAAGAUGUCUUGUACUGGGGUGAUGAGGUAGAGUAUCAACUGGUGAAAUUUGACCAUGCCAACAAAAAGGUUUAUGUCUCACUACGGGCUCAAGAUGUACUCAGGGGGUUGACUAAGAAAGUGCAACAAAAAUCAGACUCAUCUGCCGCCACAUCAUGGCACCCAGAAUAUGCCGAGUACAUGGUGGAAGGGACACCAGGCAAGCCUUAUGGAGGUCUGAUUGCUCAUUUCAACAUAGUGGAGGCCAACAUGUCUCUAAGGAGACAAGAAAUUCAAGAGGAACUAAAUGAAGAUGAGGCCCCAUUGUCACUGACAGCAUUCCCGAGGCUCGGGUGUGGACAGUUUACAUGGCCAGUCGCAAAACCAGAUCCAGUGGAUGGAGUCUCCAAGUCUUUAUUUUUUCCAGAUGAGGCCAUAAAUCAAGGUCAUCCUAGAUUUAAAACACUGACAAGAAAUAUUCGAUGCAGGAGGAAAGAAAAGGUGGCUAUAAAUGUUCCUAUUUUCAAAGACGUCAACACAAAGUCGCCCUUCGUGGAAGAUUUUUCCUCCCUCGGAGAUGAUGGCUCCAGCGCUGCUGCUGCAAAACCUGAUCACAUUUACAUGGACUGUAUGGGGUUUGGGAUGGGCAACUGCUGCCUCCAGGUUACCUUCCAGGCAUGUAAUAUAGAUGAGGCCAAAACUUUAUAUGACCAGCUGGCUGGAAUGUGUCCAAUAAUGCUUGCCCUAAGUGCCAGCUCUCCAAUCUACAGAGGCUAUUUGUCAAAUAUUGAUACACGCUGGCCUGUGAUUGCUUCAUCAGUAGAUGACAGGACAAGGGAAGAGAGGGGAUUGGAACCGUUGAAAGAAGACAGAUUUCAAAUUCCCAAGUCUCGCUAUGAUUCCAUAGACAGUUAUAUAUCUCCACUUGGACAGUGCUAUAAUGACAUCCCCUUGUUGAUUGACCAAGAGCUCUGUGAUGAGCUCAUCAAGGGAGGUGUUGAAGAGCUUCUGGCCAGACACAUUGCUCAUCUGUUUAUCCGUGACCCUGUGUCUGUGUUUUCAGAGAAGAUUGACUUGGACGAUGAGAAUGACACUGAUCACUUUGAGAACAUACAGUCUACAAACUGGCAGACUAUGAGGUUUAAACCUCCACCACCUAAUUCUAACAUAGGUUGGAGAGUUGAGUUUAGACCCAUGGAGGCCCAGUUGACUGACUUUGAGAAUGCUGCUUUCACCGUUUUCAUCGUGCUUCUGACUCGGGUGAUCUUGUCCUACAAGCUGAAUCUGAUCAUCCCAAUAUCAAAGGUGGAUGAAAAUAUGAAAACGGCUUUCAAAAGAGAUGCUGUCAUCAAAGACAAGUUUUUCUUCCGUAAGGAUGUUUUGACAGAGUCAACUCCCCCUGAAUGCUCUAGGCAGUGUGGCAGCUCAACAUGUAACCUCACUGACCAAUAUGAGGAAAUGACAAUCAACGAGAUAUUCCAUGGCAAGGGAGAUUUCCCCGGUCUGCUGGCUUUAAUCAACCUGUACAUGGACAGUAUAGAGAUUGAUGUGGACACCAGGUGUACUGUCACCCAGUAUCUUAAACUGAUCUCCAUGAGGGCUUCAGGCAAGUUGGUCACCAGUGCCAGGUGGAUGAGAAACUUUGUCCAACAGCAUCCAGAAUACAAAAAGGACUCAGUGGUCUCGGAGCCCAUUGCCUAUGACCUGCUCUGUAGGAUUGUCCAGAUCGCGAGGGGCAAAGACAAUGACCCUACCCAUCUUUUCAAUUACACAACCAAGUCUGUAGAUAAGAUCCCAGAAGCGCUGUCUCAAGCGGAGGCCUACUUAAACAAGAAGUCGUCCAAAGUCAACCACGCUGAGGAGAUGACUAACGGAACAUAAGCUGACCGAGGUUUGUUUAUCGGUCAUUGUGAUACUUUACUGAAAAAAGUUUUCAAUUGAUCUUUCAAUUCGUGAUCUGUUUGUUAAUAUGUCACUAAAUGCUUUGUUAUUUGGAGUCAUUGUUUAUGAUUUUUCAAUGAUUUUGAAGAAUUUUGUUAUUAAAAAAGAUAUUUAUAGAGGUAAAACAAUUUUGAGCAUUUUUAGUACAUUUUUUGUCAAAUUAUUUAGCAAAAUAAUUGUGUCGUAUAUGAUAGCUUAACUAUUAGGAUAUUGUCUUAAGUAAAGUAAAUUAUUUUAUCCUCAUUUGUACUAAUAAAUGUGCCUAGAUAAGUAAAUUCAUCAAAAUUUCAAUACCAUUGAUCAGUGUGUAGAUGUUUCAGACUCCACAAACUCCACCUGCCAACUCCACAAGCUCCACCUGGCUUUUCUUUACUUAAUUUUUUUUCCCUUUUUUGCUCAUUUGUCGUAGAAUUUGAGCCGUCUUCAUUUUUCUACAAUGGGGUAUAUUGACAAAUUCUGUUCAUGUAUAGUUUCAAUAUCUCAUGGUGUCUGAGACUCGAGUCAUGAUUUAGAUUGGCCAGACUAGGCUGGGGAUUUUUAGUUGGUCCCAAAGCCGGUGCAGCUCAAAUAAAGUUGUUUAGAAAAAAAAUCUUUGACGCUGUAGGCCACUAGUCGCAGUUUGGUGUUGUUGGCCGCUCGUUACACUUUAGUGAUGUUGGCCACUUGUCACAAUUAUCCCCACUGUAAUUCCUUAUCAGUGAAUUGUUUUUAAAAUGCAAUUAUUCUCUUCCUAUUUUGGUCACAGUAAAUGGCUUUUACAUCAAGAAAUAUUUUACAAAUAUCUGUAUUAGUUUUUCAUCCCAUAGGCAAACUUGUAGAGAAUUCUCAGGUAGGGAAUGCCGUCAAUUUGCCCCCCCCCCCCCUUUUCCUGCCUCCCUUUAUCUUCUUGUGUCUAAUUAUUAAUAUACCAGUACUCUAUAAAGUUCUCUUUAAGCUGGUGAUGUUCUUGUGCAAACUGAAUUAACUAAGAGCUUUUUUUUUUCUUCCUUAAUAAACCAAGUCUAGGGUCAGAUGAUUUUCUUAGAAAUGUAGGAGACUGUGUAUCUAUUAUACUAACCAUAUAUGCUAACCUUAUUCUGUACAGUCCAUUUGUUGGAUCAAAGUGCUAUUCUUUAUCGGAAUUGUCUUUGAGCAUCUGCUUUAAGGUUCACCAUGUACAUCUCUAGUUGUUUUUUUUUUUCUUCCUAACAAACAUUAUUAACAUUGUUUACAUUUCAUUACCCAGAUUUUUUUGGUUUCCCUUUUAGAAAAUGUAUAUAUGAGAAGUUUGAUCCUACUCACUAUUUGUUUACAUUCUAUUUAACUCUUUGCCAAACUCGAAUCUUUUAAUGAAGCUCUUUACAGGUUGUGUUAUUUGAAAUGUUUUGUUUUUUUCAAAGCUGUGUUCAGUGUCACUUUGUUUCAUGUAAUUCUUUUCCUUUCUUUUUGAUAAUUCUCAUUUUUAUUUAAAAGUAUUUUUAUUUUGAGAUGUAUGUUCCAUAGGUUCGACCAUUUAUUGUGAUUUUUUUCCCGUUGAGCACUAUCAGCUCGGUUGAUUUUAGUGUUUACUUUUCUUGCCAUAGAAACAUGCUUGAUGCACAAAUGUAUACAUAAUACAUCUAGAGGAUGAGAUCUUGUGGCUCUUCUAAAUUUAUAACACCACGUUUAAAUCAUUAUUAAGAUGACUAGUGACCUGCGACUUGCAGCACCAAUAUAUGAUUUUUUUUUCAAAGAUUUUUGACUAAAUAUAACUACAAUAUCUAUAUUAUCUAAGGCAUUUUCAAUUCUGAAGAUUAAGGGUUAGUGUGGGCACCAGACUUUGUCUGCAUCAGGUGUGGCAAAUUUUAAAAAUAUGCAGGUCACAACUGGGUUUGCAUUGUCUCAUGAAAUACUGCACUCAUCCUGUAUUCUAAGGUGAACUAAAAAUGAAUGUGACUGAGCCAAAAUUUGAUUUCAUUUUAGGUCAAUGGGUUGGUCAAAUCAGGGCCAAGGGUAAGUCAGGUCUGAAACCAACUAGAUUUGUUUAUUGACCUGCUCGUUUGUGAUUCAUUUGAGCUGGAUUCACUGCCUAAACAUUUUUACCUUUGUUUCUUAAUGAAGGCAGAUGGAUCACCACUCAAUUAGGCCACAUGUGGAGUUAGUUAGGGAUAUCACCAAUCAAGUAGGCCACAUGUGGAUUUCAGUUAGUGAUGUCACCACUCCAGAAGGCCACAUGUGAAUUUAAGUCAUUAGGCAUCCUUAGGAAGCAUUUGAUGUUAAUUAGAAAACUGACAAUCUUUGUCCAUCUUGUCCACCAUUUUUUUAAUCUUCAUACUAAAUUUAAUAUAAAUCAAUGGACCACCUUCGAAAGCCUGGUGUUGUAUGCACUCUGGACUGUUGAUAGAUUGUCUCAUUUGGGAGGUUUGGUCUAGAAUGUAAUUAUCUUUCAAAGCUAAAGGAGCAUCCCAAAACAUCAAGGAUAAUUUUUAGGAAGUCCUAAUAAUAACUCUAGCCAGAAAGUUCUUGGCAUAGAUUUGAUCAUAGACAUCAUUUAUUAUCAUCUGAAGCACAUGACUUGCAGAAAUAUACUUUUCUUGUUCCAAGUAUUUUUUUCCAGAUUUCAUUUUUCAAAUUUGUAAUAACUUAUUGCUAUCCAUACGAACACUCUUUCAUUUAUUCAGCUUUAUUUCAAAGCUCAGACAAAUGUGUUUGAUGUCAUAAUAAUAAUGAUGUGGUUUCUACUUUUGUUAGUUAUAAUUUUGUUGCAAAAAAACUUAAUAAACAUUUGCAUAUUA